GGUACUGUUGGGAUGGGGAGGGGGGAUGCACCAAGCGCCGACCAGUACCCCCCCAGCACCAGGAAACUGAGGCAUGGAGGGGUUCGGGACCCCCCUUGGGGUGCAGCCGGGACCCCCCCUUGGAGUGCCCCCGCAUCACCCCAUCUCUUUGCCUGCUUCUUGUCCCCCCCCCGCCCCCCCGCCCGGGCAGGGUCCCCCCCGUCUGAGCGUGCUGGGCCAGCGGCGAUGGAUGCGGAGGGGGAGCUGUCUGCCGGGGACCCCCGGGACCCCCAGGACGCCGAGCUGCCGGAGGGGACGUCCGCAGCCCACCGCAGCCCACCGGCCUCCAGCAGCCAGCCGCCCGGCCGCCCGGCGAGGCCGCCACGGAAAGCACCGGCACGUCGGCCAGCCAAAGCCCCGGGACCCCCUGGGGGUCCGGGCCCCCUGAAGGAGCUGCUGGGGCUGCGGGGGGGGCGGCUGCGCCCCACCAUCUGCAGCGAGUGCGGGAAGGGCUUCAGCCGCAGCUCGGACCUGGCGCGCCACCAGAUCACCCACACCGGGGAGAAGCCCUACACCUGCGGCGCCUGCGGCAAAGGCUUCAGCCAGAACUCCAACCUGGUCACCCACCAGCGCAUCCACACCGGCGAGAAGCCCUAUGGCUGCAGCGCCUGCGGGAAGCGCUUCAGCGAGAGCUCGGCGCUCAUCCAGCACCAGCGCACCCACACCGGCGAGAGGCCCUACCGCUGCGGCGAGUGCGGGAAGCGCUUCAGCGUCAGCUCCAACCUCAUCCGCCACCGCCGCACCCACAGCGACGAGAAGCCCUACAUCUGCGGGGAGUGCGGGGACGGCUUCCGCCACAAGGCCCAGCUCCGCCGGCACCAGAAGCUGCACGCCGCCGGGCCCCCCGCGGGGUCCUCGCCCAUUGCGGCGCGGGAGGCGGCGGGGCCGGGGCCGGGGAUGACGCUGGGACCUUCCUGUUCCCGGCCUCCCGCGAGCGCCGCGCGUGGGGCAGCGCCCGCCCCUCCCCCUCCCCCCCGGCCCCAGCCCCCCCCCGGGCCCCCCCCCCGCGACGCCCCAUCCUUCGGCCCCGGGGAGAUCUCGGGGGCUGAGUGCGGCGCAGCAGUGAGACCCCCUGACACCCCUGGGAGCCCAGCAGGACACCAGGGUCUGCUGGCCGCCCCCAUGGAGCAGGAGGAGCCCUGCGUGGUGGAGCUGCACGACUCGGACGAGGGGGACAUGGUCCGGAGGGUCUACAUCGCUGACGACGGCAUCGUGAGCGACUGCGAGGACGAGGUCCUGCCCCACGAGAUCAUCCAGACCGUCAUCCCCCACAGCCCCCUGCCCCCCAAAGCCAAGAAACGGGGGGGGCAGCCCAGCUCUGGCGCCGCCACGUCAGCGGGGGGCUACGGCGAGGAAGAGGCGGGGGAGGGUGUGGGGGGAAGGCACCGGGGCGGCCGCCAGCGCCCCUUUAUCUGCAACGAGUGUGGGAAGAGCUUCAGCCACUGGUCCAAGCUGCUGCGGCACCAGCGGACUCACACUGGGGAGCGGCCGAGCACCUGCGGCGAGUGCGGCAAGAGCUUCAGCCAGAACUCGCACCUGGUGCAGCACCGGCGCACGCACACCGGUGAGAAGCCCUACCGCUGCGGCGACUGCGGCAAGAGCUUCAGCUGGAGCUCCAACCUCAUCCAGCACCAGCGCAUCCACACCGGCGAGAAGCCCUACAGCUGCGGGCAGUGCGGCAAGAGCUUCACCCAGAGCAAGAACCUCAUCAAGCACCAGCGCACGCACUCGGGCGCCCGGCCCCACCGCUGCGGGCAGUGCGGCCGCGGCUUCGCCCAGAGCACCAACCUGCUGAAGCACCAGCGGGUCCACGCCGCCCGCGCCCAGCCCGCGCCCUGCCCCGAGUGCGGCCAGAGCUGCCGCGACGGCACCGAGCUGGAGCGGCACCGGGCGCAGGCGCACGGCCACGAGCCCUACAUCUGCGUGGAGUGCGGGGAGAGCUUCGCCCGCAGCGCCACGCUCAACCGCCACAAGCGCGUCCACAAGCCCCUCUUCGUCCACUGAGAGCAACGGGGCAGGGGCACGAGGUGACACCGAGCCAGGGGACGCGUGGGCCGUGCUGUGACACCGCACCAGGGGACACACAGACCGUGCUGCGGCAGGGGGGACGAGGUGACACCGUACAAGGGGACACAUGGACCGUGCCAUGGGCAUGGGGAACAAAGUGACACUACACCGGGGGACACACGGACCACGCUGCAGUAGCAGGACAAGGUGGCACCACGCUGGGGGACAUACAGACCUCGCUGCACCAAGGGGACAAGGUGACACUACACUGGGGGACACCGGACCGCGCUGCAGCAGUGGGACGAGGUGACACGACACUGGGGGACACCUGGACCACGCUGCAGCAGUGGGACAAGGUGACACUACACCGGGGGAUACACAGACUGCACCGUGGGCAGAGGGACAAGGUGACACUACACCGGGGGACACACCGACCCCACUGUGGCCAGGAGGACAAGGUGACACCGCACCAGGGGACACAUGGACCGUACUGCAGCAGGGGGACACUGCUGUGCUUCGUGUAGCCCCCAGCAGCCAGGAGCUGGACCUUGCCGCGCCCCCAGCGGUCACACCCUAUAGAUGUAUAUAGUGGGGGGGGGGCGGGGGGGCACACGUAGGGUAGCAGCCACAGGGCACGGCGAGGCAGCCCCCGCCGGGGGU